AUGGAGGUUCCCAACUUCGGGGGAGGCGACCCAGCAGAGUUUCGUUGUUUUGAGGCAAUGAUAGAUGGCUGCAUCAAGCCCUUAGUCCACCUCAGCGAGCUACAAAAAUACUUCAUCGUCAGGUCGAAGUUAAGUGGUCAACCCAAGAAGGAUGUCCUAGGGCUUGAGCAUGAUGGUAGCCCCUUCACUAAGGCCAUGUCCACCCUCAAGAAGCUUUAUGGUGAUAUUGGUGUCCUAAUACGUGCCAAGAUUGACCAGAUUACGUCGUGGCCGAGACUGACAGCCAGUGACUCUAAGGGGAUGGUAGAGUUUGCAGCAGCGGUGUCAGCGUUGGUCACGCAACUCAAGAGUGCACCAGAAGGCCAGGCGGAACUGAAUGCCAACUCUACAGCUUGCAUCCUGUACAGUCGCCUGUCACAUAUCCAUCAGACGGCCUUUUUGAAGGCUAUGAAGGCCAGAAAUGUCAACAACUUUUCUCUGCUUGACAUCAACAUGUGGCUGCAAGACACGGCGGCCAUAGCCAGAAAGAAGGUGCAGCUCAGCGAGAGUAUUAAGGUUGAACUCCCCCCAACCAACCGGGACCGCCGCAGAAAAGGUGCAGCUGCCUACCACAUGGAACUGGCUGGAAAGACUACCAGCAAUCCGCCAAAGGGCGCAUCUGCCUAUAAGGCUUACCGAAGUGAUGGCAAGAAACCCUUCCGGAAGAGUUGUCCCCACUGCCGGGAAGAACACUGGCUCUCUCGAUGCGACAAAUUCAGCGAUCUUACGAUGGAACAGCGCAUGAAGUGGAUUAAGGCUGACAAACGCUGCUGGCAGUGUGCACGCCUGCACAAAAACGGAAAGGAGUGCGACCUACGCAAGCCUUGUCGCCGAUGCGACAAGAUGCACCUGACCGUUCUCCAUGAUAUGAUGGAGCAACCAGGGUAUGGAGUGUACUAUUCCUCCUUCGACCCAAACCUGUCUGUCUUUUACGGGGAUGGAAACCCUUGGCUACCUGACGUCAGCAUGAAGAUUUUGCCAGUCAAGCUCUAUGCCAACGGUCGACAGCUGGAGACGUACUGCUUGUUGGACGAUGCUGCCAACUUCUCCUUGAUGCUUAGCAAAGCUACCGAGGCACUUGGCCUCAAGGGUGAGAGCACCCAGAUGCCUAUUGCAACCGCCAGGGAGGAAUGUACCCCCUGCAAGGGCGUGAUAGUCUCGGUCGAUCUUGCACCAAUCCACGACCAAGAUUCACGCAUCACCAUUUCCAAUGUCUUUUCGUCUUCCAUGUUGAGGCUUUCAGAGCAUUCUGUUCCUGCACGAGAUUUGCAAAGGAGGUGGCCGCAUCUGCGGGGUCUUCCACUGCAGGAAGUCAAGGAGGCACGGCCAUUAUUGCUGAUCGGCAGUGAUCGCCCAGAUCUGAUUGUUCCCAUUGAGAGUCAUUUUGGUCCCGAAGGUGCACCAGUGGCUGUGCGCACCAAACUUGGGUGGGCUGUUCAGGGCCCCAUUCUGAAGUCCAGGCGCAAGAAUGAAGUAAACUUCUUGUCUGUACUACCACCCAUGGAAGCCGACAGAGUUCUCCACGAGAAUGUUUGUAAGAUGUGGCAGCACGAUGCGCAGAUGUAUCUUGAUCGAAAACAAGCCACUCGAUCCAAGCAGGACCAGCGAGCGGUUGAUCUCCUUGAGGCAAAAUCUACCUAUGUAAAUGUAGAUGGAAUUGACCGUGUCGCAACCCCCCUCCUGUGGACACGUGACAACGAGGUACUUACCUGUCCGGCAAGUACAGUGUCACCUGCUCUGAAACGGAAUGAGCAACGUCUCCAGAGAGAUCCAGCACUCGCUGUUGAGCACUCCAAGAAAAUCCGGGAACUGAAGGAGGCAGGACUCGUCCGCAUGCUCACUGCUGAGGAGAAAGAGAGAAACCACGAGCGGCAUUGGUAUAUACCCCACCAUGUUGUUCGGCAGAAUGGGAAGACAAGACUGGUUUUCAACUGUGCGUUCCCGUACCGGGGAGAGUCUCUGAACGACCACUUGCUUCCUGGGCCUACCCUGGGUUCACCGCUGGUUGGAGUGCUAGUACGAUUCAGACAGCAUCAAGUAGCUGUGUCCGGUGACAUUAAAGCGAUGUUUCACUGUGUGCGCACUUUAGAGUGUGACCGAUGCAUGCUUCGGUUCCUGUGGAGGGAUUUGGACCCUGAUGCCGAAAUGGAGGAACUGGAGUGGAACGUACUCCCCUUUGGCACCACAUGCAGUCCAUGCUGUGCCACUUUCGCCCUGCAGAAGCAUGUGCAGGACCGGUUUCCAGAUCCAGACAUUGUCAGAAGUGUUAUGAAUUCAUUCUACGUUGACAACUGCCUAGAUGGCAAGUCCAGUGUCCUAGAAGCGAAAGACCUAGUUGGAAAACUAUGUCAAGCGCUCGGCGCUGGAGGAUUUCCCAUUGUGAAAUGGGCCAGCAACUUUGCGGAAGUGGUCAGAGACCUUCCACAGGAAGCCCGCUCCUGCAGUACUGAGAGAUGGCUGAGUUCAAGUUGUGAUUCACCUGAGGAAGCAGCCUUAGGACCCCACUGGAAUUUCCAGCACGACACACUCCGAUACAAACUCGAACUUCGUGAGUGGCCGGUCCUCACUCAAAGAGCUGUUCUAAGUGAUGUGAUGAGAUGUGCCGGGAAGGACCCCCUUGGUUACCUCAUGCCAUAUAUGGUGAGGGGAAAGAUGAUCGUUCAGGAGCUUUGGAAGAGACCAUGGGGCUGGGAUGAGGAGAUCCCCGACGAGGGCAAGGAUGGCUUCCGUGCCCAACACAUGAGAUGGCGCAAAGAAAUCAAUGAUCUCCCUCUUGUAUACCUGCCUCGGUGCUACCUUCCCCCACACUUUGAUCCAGCAAAUGUGUCCUAUCAACUGCACGUGUUCACCGACGCUUCCGAAAGGGCCUAUGGGUCCGUUGCUUAUCUUCGAGCCAUUGCUAAGUCAGGAGAGGUGUGUGUCAGGUUUGUCAUGGCACGUUCCCGUUUGGCACCAAAGCGUGUGCAAACUAUUCCCCGAUUGGAACUUCAGGCUGCUCUUUCUGGUGCUGAACUGACCGAGCUUCUCGAGGAUGAGUUGAGGUUGAGCCUUUCCGUCACUUGUUGGAGUGACAGCACGACAGUUUUGAGCUGGAUUACCUCAGAAUCUUGUCGGUACAACCGUUUUGUCGGUGCCCGCAUCGCUGAGAUUCAAAGACUCACAGACCACACUAUCUGGCGGUAUGUAGACACCGCCAAGAACCCUGCAGAUGACCUGACCCGUGGAUUGAUGCUCAGCGAGUUGACCACCGAGAGUCGGUGGUCUGCUCCACCCUUCCUCUCUGGUCCUGAAGAGGAUUGGCCAAGCUUGCCAUCGCACAUGCAGCAGGAUGAUGGCGAAGUUGAGCUGAAGGGCAGUCUUUUUACUGCUUUUACCCUCGGCAAUCGAGGAGAGGUUCCAGAGAUUGAAGCGUCUCAGUUUGCUUCCUGGGAUGACCUGGUUGAGGCAUAUGGACGCAUUCUGUGCGAGGCUGAGGAUGAAACUAAGCCAGAUUUCCUCAGCGCUGACCAACGGAUGGAGACUGAACAAGCCCUCUUCGGAAAGGUACAAGCUGAAAGCUUUCCAGUUGAUCUUGCACCUCUUACAGCUGGCAAGCCUGUUCCAAGAAAUAGUCGCCUGGCAAAACUUGCUCCUGAAAUCGACAAGGAUACCCAGUUGAUCCGGGUUGGAGGGAGACUCCGUCGAGCGGAGUUGGACAUUGAUGUGAAACACCCUGUCGUCCUUGACUGCAAGCACCCGAUAGUACAACUGCUGAUCAAAAAUGCUGACGAACGUCUUGGGCAUCCUGGAACUGGUACUGUGCUUGCAGAUAUGCGUCGACGCUUCUGGUUGUUGCGAGGACGCCAGUCCAUCAGAGGUCUACAAAGCAGAUGCACCGGAUGCCUUAGACAGCGUGGUCAACCUUCAGUGCCCAAGAUGGCGGAUAUGCCACAUGCUCGUCUGCGAAUUGGCAAGCCAGCAUUCUACUCCACGGGGGUAGACUGCUUUGGCCCCUACACCGUUACCAUGGGGAGACGAAGUGAACGAAGAUGGGGUAUAAUAUGGAAGUGCAUGACCACAAGAGCCGUCUACUUAGAUUUGCUUGAGUCUCUUGAUGCCGACGCCUUUCUUUUGGCGUUCAAUCGGUUCCGUUCACGACGUGGCGCACCUCAUGAAUUGUUGUACGACAAUGGGACUAACUUCAAGGGAGGUCUGUCUGAACUGAGGAAGGCAUUCAGCGAUAUGGCACCUGACCUUCAGGAGAGACUUGCCAAAUACAAAGUCAAUUUCAGGUUCAAUCCUCCCUCUGCACCACACUUCGGUGGGACCUGGGAGAGAGAGAUUCGGUCAGUGAAAACUGCCUUGUACGCCACCCUGGGUGAUCGGUCAGUUAGCGCUCCCGUUCUCUAUACUUGCCUGGUUGAGGUAGAAGCCUUGCUGAAUUCUAAGCCAUUGACUUAUGUGUCAUCAGACAUUGCUGAUCCAGAUCCCAUCACGCCUUUCAUGCUUCUCAUGGGGCGGCGGGACCAUGCCCCGCCACAGGUUGUCUACCCGGAGCGCGACGUGCUUAGUCGGCGACGCUGGCGCCAGUGCCAAGCCCUGAUUCAGAAAUUUUGGAAGGAGUUUGUUCAGUCCUAUCUGUCGGCCAUGCAAGCCCGCCAGAAGUGGCGCAGUGAGACCGACAACCUGUCCGUCGGUGAUGUAGUUCUGAUGGCUGAUCCGCAGCAACGACGUGCCUCUUGGCCUCUGGCUAAGGUCACUGAGGUACUACCUGGUACUGAUAAUCGCGUUCACACCGUAAGGUUGCAGGUCGGAGAUCGCAUCUACACCCGGCCAGUGGCACGCCUGAUCCGGCUUUCUUCUGAAACAGCCCUUGGCGGCAAUCCUGAAGCUGCCACUCUGCCUGAGCCUGAUGAAACCUAG